GGAGGGAACGGAGCGCCAGUGUAGGAAAAGAGGAGGAAGCAGCAGGGAUGGCGGAGUCACACCUCUGAAGGUAAUAUCCAAAGGUUUUUUUUUUAAUUAAAAAAAAAACCUAAUGACCUUUUGCAGCCCAAAAGAAGUUUUAUCCGAAGAUCCUGGGAUUGUAUGCAGUUCAAACACUGAAGCAUGUGGCCUGUGGAUGCCACAAUCCAGCUACUUCAAAGGAUUAUUUCUCCCAUGGCAUUUUAACAAAGGAACAAAGUGUCACAAGUAUCCAAAAAACCCUUUGGAUCACAAGACCUUUAUUUCAAGGGUGAUCAUAAAUCUGAGGGCCCGCACGGUGAUGUUUUCUUCGCAAGCCUCUUCGGCUGUCUGCGUCUCUUUUUUGCUGAAUAAGUAACCUGACGAGAGAGACUCCCAUGAGCAACUCUGCAGGAGGCCCGAUAACGUCGACAUGAGUAGUACUUUAGGCAAAGAAAAGGAUUCGAAAGAAAAGGACCCAAAAGGUGGUCCGGCGGGCAAAGAAAGGGAAAAGGAGGCGAAAGCUUUGGCCAGCUUAGCCAAGGAUGGGGGCAAAGAAACGAAGACCAAAGGGAAAGAUGCCAAAGAAGGAAAGAAGGACACCAGCAGCUCCACACCGGGUGUUGCCUUCUCUGUUGACAAUACGAUAAAGCGGCCAAACCCGGCGCCAGGUACUCGCAAGAAGUCCAGCAAUGCAGAGGUGAUCAAAGAGCUCAACAAGUGUCGUGAGGAGAACUCCAUGAGGCUGGACCUGUCCAAACGGUCCAUCCACAUGCUGCCCACCUCCAUUAAGGAGCUGACGCAGUUGGCUGAACUCUACCUGUACAGCAACAAGCUGCAGAGCCUGCCGGCGGAGGUGGGCUGCCUCUCGGGCCUGGUCACUCUGGCCCUCAGCGAGAACUCCCUGACCAGCCUGCCCGACUCCCUGGACUCCCUGAAGAAGCUUCGAAUGCUCGACCUCCGGCACAACAAGCUGCGGGAGAUCCCGGCCGUGGUCUACCGCCUGACGUCCCUCGCCACGCUGUACCUGCGCUUUAACCGCAUCACCACGGUGGAGAAGGACAUCCGGAACCUGUCCAAGCUCACCAUGCUCAGCAUCCGCGAGAACAAGAUUAAACAGCUGCCCGCGGAGAUCGGGGAGCUUUGCAACCUCAUCACUCUGGAUGUUGCCCAUAAUCAGUUGGAGCAUCUACCCAAGGAGAUUGGAAAUUGCACACAGAUAACCAACCUUGACUUGCAGCACAAUGAGCUCCUGGACCUCCCAGAGACUAUAGGCAAUCUGGCCAGCAUAAAUCGCUUAGGCCUGAGAUAUAAUAGAUUGUCAGCCAUCCCCAGAUCGUUAGCCAAAUGUCGAGAACUGGAGGAGCUAAACCUUGAAAACAACAACAUUUCGGUGUUGCCAGAGGGCCUGCUGUCCAGUUUGGUAAACCUGACGAGUUUAACGCUGGCGAGGAACUGCUUCCAGUCGUACCCGGUGGGCGGGCCGUCCCAGUUCUCCACCAUCUACUCCCUCAACAUGGAGCACAACCGUAUCAACAAGAUUCCCUUUGGCAUCUUCUCCAGGGCCAAAGUGUUAAGCAAGCUUAACAUGAAGGACAACCAGUUAACGUCUCUGCCGCUGGACUUCGGCACAUGGACGAGCAUGGUCGAGCUCAGUCUGGCGACCAAUCAGCUGACCAAGAUCCCAGAGGACAUCUGUGGGCUCGUCUCACUGGAGGUGUUAAUAUUGUCCAAUAACCUUCUGAAGAAGUUACCACACGGUAUUGGGAGCUUGAGAAAGUUACGAGAGCUCGACUUGGAGGAGAACAAGUUGGAAUGUCUACCUAACGAAAUUGCCUAUCUUAAAGAUUUACAGAAAUUGGUGUUGACGAAUAAUCAGCUGACCACGUUACCCCGAGGCAUCGGCCACCUCACCAACCUGACUCACCUUGGUCUGGGGGAGAACCUGCUGCAACACCUUCCCGAGGAGAUCGGCACACUGGAGAACCUGGAGGAGCUGUACCUCAACGACAACCCCAACCUGCACAGCCUCCCGUUCGAGCUGGCCCUCUGCAGCAAGCUGUCCAUCAUGAGCAUCGAGAACUGUCCCCUCACCCACCUGCCCCCCCAGAUCGUGGCGGGAGGCCCCUCCUUCAUCAUCCAGUUCCUGAAGAUGCAGGGACCGUACCGUGCCAUGGUGUGAGCCCAGAGCGGCCCGGCGCCGGCCCCGCUGAACCCCCAACCGCUCUGCUCUGCUCUGCAUCCCCUCAUUACAUGUAUCAUACACUGUAAAGGAAACAGACUCCCUACAAUCAGUGGAGGGGGAGGUGGAGGAGGGGGGGGAGAGGGGGCUCUCUGACCUCCCUCGGGCAGGAGCGAGGCGACUCUUUGGAGACCCCUCCCCCCACGUCGCUCCGGGGUUUUAUCACUCUCGUCAUUUUUCGGACCUCGGCCGCCACCGCCCGACUCACCUUUCAUUCCGAAUCACACACCAGGAAAAUCUUUCCAUCUCUUUGCCAAAACUGAAGAUAUAUAAAGUUCUAUAUAUAAGAGUAACUGUGAGCUAAGUGGCAAGCCUCUCACCCGUCUGAAGCGUGCGCCCAUUGCCAAUGUAUCUACAGUCAUUGCAAGCAUCUCUCAUGUGAGCAAGGAUACAACUGUAUGCAAAAACAACAACAAAAAAAAGUCUUUGGAACUUCUCAUUUAUUGCUGCUGCCGUAAUUUUGACUUUGUCAUUUCCUUGUUUUACUUUACUUUUGAUAUUCCUUUUUUUUAUAUAUAUAUAUAUAUAUAUAUAUAUAAAUAUAUAUCAUCUUCCCUCCGCAUAACUUAUGUUAAUUGCUUCUUGAUAGAGAACAAAGGUCUAAUGAUGGUGUGCUUUUAAGUUCUGUUUUAUAUUUUUUCUUUUUACAUUACAUUUUUUUAAACUGUGCCUCUGUUUAGAAUGAUCCAACGGCUCAUUUCUAAACGCAAUUGCCCAUGAGAAUACAAAGAUAUAAAUUAUUUCAAUAACUUUUUUUUUUUUUUUUUUACUAUUACUGCUGUUUUUACUUUAAUUCUUUUCUUUAUUUGUUUGUGUUCUUGUUGCAUUAAUCUGUCAAAGCAAAACAAUAUCAGUUGUGAAAUAGGACGAGCGGAGGUCUCUUUAACAAAUAGCAGCAGUAGUUGUUGGACUUUAAGCUAGUUAAUGUACACAUAUGAGAAAUGCCAAUCAUACAAGCUUGAAAUAAGCAGAAUGGACUUCUUAUCUGAGACAGCGGCGCCGCCAAGCCCCCGCCGCUCUUGAUUCUGUGCGACACAAAGGUAUUGAAAAAGUCAAAUGUACACAGGUUGAUGGGGGUAAAUGAUAGAUUUUUGGUAUAUAUAUAUACACACAUCCUGGUUGUUGCCUUGAGUGCAAUUUUAGUUCUGUUUACUGGUUUGAUCUUAUCUUCAGUGUUGGGCUGCAGAGCUGUCGUUCGGUUGAUCAUUGACCAACAUAUCAAGUUUUUAAAAAGAAAGUGGUGAGUGUAUCAGUUUCCAAACUAUUUCAUAAUAAAACCUUCACAGGUAAAUCCUUCUGGACACUUCAUUUUUUUCUGUAUUUUUUUUUUUUUUUUUUUUAACAGGGUCUCCUAAAAUGUUAAUGACUUCACUGAAGAUAUUCCGUUGAUUUGUAAUUUAAUUUUUUUUAUUCUUUCUCGGAUAUCCUCUCUUGUCCCACACUGUCCCAGCAAUGCUGCUGCUCUUUUGCACUUUUUUUUUUUUUUUUUAAACAAAAGAAAUAAGAAGACCUUGGCAUCCUAUACAAAAACACAUAAAGCCUCUCGUUGCAUAUUUCAAUGGGAGCAUUUUGUUUCUUAAGUAUUUUAUCUGUUUAUCAUGUAAAUUUAUCUCGGUUGAAUAUGGUGUUGAGGUUUUUUUUUUCUUUUUCUUUUUGGGCCGAAAAAGUGAUUUUUGUGAGUGUGAAACAUUUGAAGACCACCAUGUCCCACUUUCAUCACCGCUCAAACUGCAGUUAAUUUAAAAUGAUUUUUACAUUGUUUUUUUUUUUUUUUGUUUGUUUCUAAAAAAUGAAAUUUUGUAUUGGGUUAGUAUUAUUUCACGUGACUGUACAUUAACAAUCCACACAAAAGGUCAUGAAAUCAGCUU